GCCGGCGCCGCCUGGAGACAGACAGACGACUCUCGUCGAAUGCUUCGACCGACUCAAACCUCGAGGCGCCCAACUUGAAAGCCGCCUAUCUCAACAUCCACAUCUCAUAUUCGCAAAGUUUAUCGUUAUGGAUAAGCGUGCUCGGAUGCCCUUCACAAACUGAUCGAGGCCUCAAUUGCUACCUAAACUACUGGCGUCGUGGCCGAGGACACUCGCCUCAGCAGCUACCAUGGCUUACGAGCCACGCGGUGAACAUGGCGACAGAGGCGACCGGGGCGACCGGGGCGGGCCAGAUGGGGGUCACGUCAAGGUGCGCGGUAGAAGUAAGUCAUGCUCUGAACAACACAGCGACUGAGGUUUUCUUUUCUCCCCUGCCCGCCGCGGCCUUGUCACUCAGCAUGGGCCCGGCGACCCAAUAUUGAGAUGGUGAAGCAUGAAAUAGCACGUGAGGGCCUUGCUUAGGAGAUGUGAGGUAUACGUGUGCCGGUUGAGGUCGCGUCGAUGCGCACCCCUCCAACCGCGGUCGCGGCUCGAUGGCCUUGAGCGGGAGGUUCGCGGCGCCAUUCACUACCCUCCUAUUUCAAGCCUUGCCCGUUUGGCCCUGAUCUUGUUCUCUCUGCGCCCCCGCGUUCGACGUGUCUGUAUCUCCAUCUUGUCAAUCCUUCCCAUACUGCCUCAGUUCUCCCUCGGUCGCCUAGCUUCAAGCGAAGCCAAGCAACAUGGAUAAGCGCCCUCGUCACAAAACCCCUCUCCUGGCAGCUCUAACACAUGAUCCCAUAGGGCCCGUCACCGACUACAGCGCCACUGUCACCCAUUGGCUGCGCAACCGCACAGCCAACUACAAAGGUGGCUAUACUGGAGAGGCAGAGCGGCCGAGCGCAAGCUACAUCGUGGAUAUGGUUCCACCGGCUGGACGGCCGACCUCUGCUGCUGACACCAUCCCCUCCAAGCACCUUCAUUCGUCUCUGAACAAAAUCAAGCACCCCAUCAACGUCGUACGAUGGACGCCGGAAGGGCGACGCCUACUAACAGCCUCUACAAGUGGCGAGUUCACUCUGUGGAAUGGCACGGGUUUCAACUUUGAGACCAUCAUGCAGGCCCACGACUCGGCCAUCCGGGCUCUCGAGUACUCACACAGCGAUGACUGGCUCAUAUCGGGCGACCAUGACGGCCUGAUCAAGUACUGGCAGCCAAAUUUCAACAAUGUACAAAGUAUCGCCGCACAUUCGGACCCCAUCAGAGACCUAGCAUUCAGCCCCAAUGACUCUAAAUUCGUCAGUGCGUCUGAUGACUCCACGCUCAAAGUGUUCGACUUCGCCAUGGGGCAGAUGGAGUCCAAACUCGAGGGACACGGAUGGGAUGCUAAGACCGUCGACUGGCAUCCUACAAAGGGCCUGCUAGUCUCGGGUUCCAAGGACCACCUGGUGAAGCUUUGGGAUCCGCGUACAAGCCGGUGUCUCACGACACUUCACGGCCACAAGAGCACCAUCACAAAGGUCAUGUUUGAAAAGGUGCGAGGCAUGUGUCUUGCUACGUCAGCAAGAGAUCAGACAGCCCGUGUCUUUGAUCUGCGGAUGAUGCGCGACAUUUGCCUUCUCAAAGGCCACGAAAAGGACAUCUCGACUUUGACAUUCCACCCAAUCCACCCCAAUCUUCUUACGACUGGCGGCCUGGAUGGUUCGCUAUUCCAUUACCUCCUUGACACACCAAAUCCGCCUCCAGGCCAAGCCUUGACCGUCGCGCCGUACGACAGCAUGGAUCCAACAACUACGCCAGCUCAGUCUGUCUGGCCGACGCACAAGAUACCAUAUGCCCAUGAUUACGCUAUUUGGUCACUCGACUGGCACCCCCUGGGCCACAUUCUCGCCACCGGAUCUAACGACAGGAUCACCCGCUUCUGGACACGCGCCCGUCCCGGCGAUGCCGAUGUCUUCCAGGAUCGCUACCACAUUGGCGAGGCAGCAGCCGAGGCGCAGGGCACCUGGGACCGCCGCGGAAAUCGAAGACAGCGGCAAGAAGAGGAACAGCAGGAGAUGGAGGACGAGAUGGACGCCCUCGUUGACCAGGAUGCCCAGGGGCAGAUCAACGCAGGACUGCCAGGGAUUCCCGGCCUUCCUUUGGGAGGCGGCGUCCCUGGUCUCGGGGCAGGAGGCCCGAUCCCGCCACCCAUCCUCCCAGGCGUCGGUGCUGGCUCCGGCGCGCCCCCUCCACCUCUCCCAUUCCCGUUGCCUGGGCUUAAUGGCGCACCGCCGCCACCUUUCCCUGGACUGGAUCCGAACAACCCCCCGGAUCCGGCACAGCUGCUUGAGCUUAUGAAGAAGGCCGGCGUGCCCCUCCCGCCGCCCGGCGCCCUGCCUCCCGGGCUCAUCCCUCCACCCGGAGGCGUGCCUCCACCACCUCCAGGCGGCUUCGGACUGCCGGUCCCACCCCCGCCGAUACCACCCGUGGACGCGGACAAGGCGGAAAGUGCGCGAAGACGGGCUCCGUUGCCCAGCCAGGAGGAGAGUUUGCGGCAGGAGCAGCGGCAGGGCAAGUACACCAGGGCGAGGUAGUAACCGCAUGGCGUUUUUCGGCUGGUCCUCCUGCUGCUGGAGUGUAUGAUGGAUGGGAGUGUGAUAUCUCAAGAACAUGGCGUUGCUUAGGACAAAAGGACAAAGCGGCUCGGGCGCACCUUUGUGUAGUUUGGUUUGUAGCCGCAGAGAGGACACCCCACGUCAGCAUCGAUUUCGGGUACUUUGAAGUGUAGGGUCGUCACCUAGGCAGCCGCGCAAAGAAGUGUCAUGGCAGAAAUGCCGAUUCUAUUGUGCUAUCUACUGUACACGGGGCCUACCAUACGAGCUUGCGCUCAGCUCUAUGCGAGGUGAAAGACGAUGGGGACAAAAAUAUCAAAGUUUCGCCAGUGUACCGGGGGUACCAAUGCAACAGACCGUCAAAGGGGGUAUAUAACAGCGCAAAAUAUGGCCGAUAUCCUUGUUGUUCCCUCUGGCCACGGGUC